ACGUGAUCCUGGAAAGGCGCCAUGGAGGCUGUGCGGAGGCCGCUUCGGUGCUUUCUGCCUGUUCUCCUCUUCCUUCUCGUGUCUCCGCUCGUUCGGGCCGCCGGAGUCGGGAGCUGCCGGGGAGAGCCAGGCCUGAGGGCAGGUGAGUCUCGAGACACUGAAACCUGUGGCUUAACUCUGCAGCUAGAGCACUCCUUUGAGCUGGAUGACAGUAUCCAGUUCCAAAAGCGGGGGACUCUCCUGUGGAAUGUGACCCCUGACUCCAGCCUCUCCCUAAAUCAGAAGCAGUUAACUGAGGAGGAACGCAAUAAACUUAGGGAGGUAGCUACAGAAGGUGGACUCUACCGGGUGCGGAUACCACGACGGCCCCUAGGGAGCAUCGAGGAGAGUGGGGUUGAAUAUGUCACAUCCUUUGUCCGAGCGUGUUCCAUGGUAGAGUCGCAUCUCUCAGACAGGCUGACAGUUCAUAUGGACGUGGCUGGGAAUAUUAUUGGCCUUUCAAUUGUUACCAUUCCGAGCUCCUGCCAUGGGGCCGAGGUGGAGGAUGUGGACUUGGAACUGUUCAACAGCACUGUCCUUCUCCAGCAGCCCAUCCCUGCAGCUGUACCUGAGACGGCGGCAUUUAUUGAACGUAUGGAGCAGGAGCAGGCACAGAAGGCCAAGAAUCCACAGGAACAGAAAUCCUUCUUUGCCAAAUAUUGGAUGUACAUUAUUCCCAUCGUCCUCUUCCUGAUGAUGUCUGGAGCACCUGAUGCAGGCGGGCAGGGAGGGGGCAAUGGAGGCAGUGCUGGGGGAGGGGGGCGGUGAGGGGAGCUUUGUCUCCUUUCCCAUGUUGGGAGGAGGAGCAGUGUAAAUAAAUUAUUA